UUGAAAUCUGAGAUAUGUGUGUUUCAGAUUUGAGGUUAUAAUCUUGUUUCUUGAUCUGGGUCAUCAUCAAUUUUCAAUCUUGAUCUUGAAUUCUGUGUUUCUUGAAAUAUUCAGCAAGAUACUCUGUUUUUGCAUUAGUUUGACUUCAGUUUGAUCUGAAAAUGUCAGAUUUGAUCCAAGAAACUGAUCAAGAAAUGAUGAAACACAUGUGUAAGCUCUGUGAUAAAAGCUUUCCAUCUGGUAGAUCAUUGGGAGGUCAUAUGAGGUCUCAUGUGAUCAACGCAACUGAUCAUCAUAAUCAUGGUGAUGAUCAGCAAAACAAGAAAAAGCAGCAGAUGAAGAAGCUGUCAUCAGUCAACAAUGGCGAAAAGCCAAUGAAUUCGAGUGAGUUGGGUUAUGAAUUGAGAAAAGAUCCAAAAAAGACACCAAAAGUGAAAGAUUCAUGUGAAGUUGAAAACAGUUUGGUGGUUCUUGAUAAGCUUUGUAAAGAAUGUGGAAAAGGUUUUCAAUCAUGGAAGGCCCUAUUUGGACAUAUGAAAUGUCAUUCUGAAAAAGUUUUGAGCAACAAGGUUUUGAAUCAAGAGACUUGGACUAGUCAAUCAGAUAAUGAGAAUUCAGGUAAAAUAGCUGGUCAAAUCAAGAAAUCAAGAUCAAGAAGAGCAAAAAGGUAUAUUGUUACUUCUGCAAUUACAACCACAAUUACAACUGUUUCAUCUUCAAUUUCAAUGAAUGUUAAUGAUAAUAAUAACAAUAAUCAAAUUAGUAGUAAUCAUGCUUCAACAAGUGUUGUGUCUGAAAUUGAACAAGAUCAAGAAUCUGAGGUUGCUAUGUGUUUGAUGAUGCUUUCUAGAGAUGAGGGGAAAUGGGGCAGUGAAAUUGAAUCAAAUGAUAAUUGUGAUUCCUCUGCUUUUGUGAAGUUGAGUAAAGUUGAAGGUAAAAAGGUGAUUCAAAAUGGUUCUAAGAACAAGAAAAUUGUUGAUAAUGUUGGAAGAUCUGAUGAGGGAUCAACUGGAUUAGAGAAAGUUUUGAUCCAAAACGAAGAAUGUGAUGACGAAUUUGAGUUUGGUUUUGGGAAAUUUGAGGAUUCAAACAAGAGAAAGUUUGAUUGUAUUACCUGUAACAAAAGCUUUCACUCUUAUCAAGCCCUUGGUGGACAUAAAGCAAGUCACAAGAAAUUAAAGGGAAGUUUAGAUCAACAAACAGAACACGAAAACACCAAUGCCAACAACCCCGGGUCAAGUCAUGAGCUAAUGAUCAAUGGGUUUGGUGCAAAACUAUUUGAUAAUGAUCAAACAACAAAAAAUACUAGUAUCAAUUUUGCUGUUGGUUCAUUGAAGAAAGCAAUGGUUUUAGGGACACAUGAAUGCCCACUUUGCUUGAAAGUUUUCUCAUCUGGACAGGCUUUGGGAGGUCACAAAAGAUCACAUAUGAUUGCUGAGGCUAAACUACUGAAUCAAAAGCAAACAAGCAUGAAUCUGAUUGAUAAAGUGAAUGAACCGGUUCGUGAAAUCAGAGGUUUUCUUGAUCUUAACAUGCUUCCUGAUACAAUGGAAGAAGAUAUGAUCAUCAACAGUAGUACCAUAGUAUGCAAGCCAUGGCAUUGGGCAGAUACUGCUAACCAUGAACCAACCACACUACUUGGUUUACUCUCAACAAGCUAAACAAAAAAAAAAAAAAAAAAGUAGUAAUAAGAUCAUUUCAAGAAUGUACAGAUUUAAUUGAUUCUUUGCAUAAUUGAUGUAAUUUGCUGCUUAACCAACAAUAAAGUAGCCCAUACACACACAUACACGCAAACACCAAGAACAAACUAUGUCAACAUCUUCACUAUUUUUAUUUUUGUUCCAUUUUUGCUCAUUUUUGUGCUUAUAACUAUAUUGUUUUCAUCAAGGGAUAACGGUUUCCCUAACGCAGCAGAACAUUUGAACUUCUCUUGCGUUGAUCUUCAUUGUAACGAUCCGUAUUGAUGUAAUAUUUGAGGUUUCCUUUGUUUAUACAGUUUUCUCAAUUUUUCUUUUGCAA